UCCUUAGUGCUCUGCCUCCUGAGUGCUGGGGUUAUAGGUGUGUGCCACCACUGGCAUGUACCUAUAAUUUUAAUUCUCUGGAGGUUGCAGUAGGAAUAUCUCAAAUUCAAUGCCAUCCUGGACAUUGGACAUUAGUAAGAAACUCUUUUAAAAAGAGAAAGCAGAGUCACGUGGCCAGGCCACCCUGUCUGCCAACAUGGCCAUUCAACUUAAUGUGGGAAGCGACUUGUUGGGUCCUGUGAGCAGAGAGAUGUGCUGUGAUCACUGAGUUUGCUCAAAUUCAUCAGGCCAAGGGAAUCCAGAUCAAGGUGCCAAGAAAAAAAGGACUUGCAAAAAGUGACCGAAAACUUGUCUGAGCAAGAGGAGAAAAAGGCUGAACAGAAAGAGAAGGAAACCCUGGCCCCAGAAGACUAACUAGCCUCUGACUGCUGCAGGUGGUGAGAUCUGCAAGGAAGGACUACGAAGUACUGAAAGGCCUGUCAGCUUCUGGUCUGUGCUCCAUCUGAUUUGUCCUGGAAGUUCCUGGCCUCCAGUCUCUGCUUGCCAAUGAUUCUUCUGCUUGGACUGUAGGGCCUAAAUGUACAGCUCAGUGGUGUGGCACGUCUUGUAUAGCCCAGCUAGGUAGAUGCCCAGAUGCUGAUGUACCAACAACAAAAGGCAUCUGAGUGUUCUGAUGUUAUUUACUUGGAUCCCUGUGGCAGCCUCACCCCCUUCCUGGAUGCAGCAGUGCAGGCUGUGAGUGGAGGAUUUCUGUGUGCCACCUGCAUGGACAUGGUAGUAUUGUCAAGGAACAGCAGAGAGAUGUGCUAUUGCAAGUAUGGGGCCUACAUGGCCCUCAAGAGCUGGGCCUGCAAUGAAAUGGCCCUGAGAAUUGUUCUACAUAGCGUGCAUGUGCAUGCCAACUUGUACCAAUGGUUCAUGGUGCCGCCACUCAGCAUCAGCGCUGACUUCUGUGUCUCGUUUUAUGUGCUCAUUUUCACAGGCCAGGCCUAGGUUAAGUUCAGCAAGCAGGGCCUGGUGUUCCAGUGUGGUUGCAGAGCCUUCUACCUGCAAUGCCUUGGCAAAGUGUUGGGAGAUCCUGUUGGCAAGGUCAAGUUUUCUGUGGCCUCUGGUUCUCCAGUGAUGAGUGUGACUCACUGUGGACAGCAACACCAGCUUGGAUGCCUCAUGUGGGCAGAGCCCACCCAUGACCUAGACAGUGGCCACUGUACCCUGGCUGCAUUUGUUUAUACCUCCAAGCAGAUUCAAGGUGUUCUGAGUGUUGGUGGUGAGGAACUUCCUGAUGUCCCUUUCUAUGUACUGGACCAACUAAGCAGCACCUUCCACUGCAACACACACUGCUGUCUGCAGCUUUGGUCAGCUUUCCUUCACACUGCCUUCUGAAUCUUUCUCUCCCAUGUCUGUAAGAAUGUAGGAAAGAUAGAUGCCUCCCCUGACCCUACCCACUCUGCCAGCUCUCUGGAACAUCAUGUUGGGAAGACUGUCCACUUGAAAUGGGAGUGGCUGUCAGAAACCAGUUCAGCAUUCCAAACUGUAAAACCCAGACUGAAGGCCAACUUCAACAUCUGGGAAGACUCCAACCCCAGCUCCAGCCAGCAAGGACUCAAGCACUUCCAGACCAAUUCAGAAGCCACCUGGGGUACCCAACCCCGUGCCCAGCCAGGAGGCAAGGCAGCAAGUAAAGAUCUGGGGAGAGUUAAGUGAAGGUUGCUACAGAAUAAGUGGAAGGAGCCAGCUGAGGACCCAGCCCAGUGGGCAGGCUUGAAGACAUUUCCAUGCAAAUAAUUCAAGGAGGGCACCUGUCAGCGAGUGGACCAGUUCUGUUACUCACACAGUCCUGAAGCACUCAUGGCCUCUGCUGAUAUUCCCCUCCUUCCCCCCUCCCCCCUUCACACAGACUGUCCAGAGACCACCACCAAGAUCUCCCCUGGACCAGAGGCUGCUGAUGGAGCCACUGCUGGGCCAGGUGCGAACUGAGACAAUAAAGAGAUGUUGCCUUCAAAACAAAACAAAGCAAAACCAGAGAAAAAAAGAUAAGGGCUGCUGAAGUAGUUUCUGGGUUUACACCCCCCCAAAAGAUUCAUAAAAUAAAAAUUAAUUUUUAAGCAGUCUGAGAUAGUUAGAAAGGACUGGUUAGAUGGGGUAAAGUUACUUGCUAACCUGAGUUUGAUCUCUAGGUUCUGCAUGGUAGAAGGCGCGAACCAACUCCCUCAGGUUGUCCUCUGACUACCACAGCUGUCUUGUACUGCUUGUGCACUCUCUCUCAUAUAUAGGAAAUAAAUAAAUGCAACUAAAAAAUGAGUUGGAUAAAAAGAUACGUCUUGUAGGACUUUUCUAAAUGGUUGUUAAAAUGAUUAAGUUUGUUAUUCUUGAAGGAGUGGUACAUGUUCAGUAAGAACAGUGCACUUCAUAAAAGUUUGUUUUUCAGUGGUUUUAAUUAGUGGUUAUUUUUUUUUUCUUGAGGUAUUUUGAAACUAUCCCCUCACAAUAAGAAUUAAGUGAUUGUGGUGGUUUGAAUAGAGUAGCCUCCCAUAAACUCACACCCUCAGUUGGUGAAACUGUUUGGGAAGGAUCAGUAGACGUGGCUUUGGGGGCUCAGGCUUCGAGGUUUUAAAAGACUCGCCAGUGUGCUCCCUACUUUCGGUUCAAAAUGUAAGCUCUCAGCUGUUCCUGCUCCCAUUCCUUUGCUCCCUUAUGUUCUCCAACCCUCUGAAACCAUAAGUGUGAAUUAAUACUUUGUUUAAUAAGUUGCCUUGGUUAUGGUGUCUUAUCACAGUAAUAGAAAAGUAAUUAAGACAGUGACUUUAUUAAGUUUUAAAUUCUUACAUUUUCUUGUGAGGAGUAAACUUAAACUUUUUUUUUUUUUGACAUUCUAUGUGGAAAGAGGUCAUGGGAUUUUAGACACUUAAAGCCUAGGUAUCUUGAAAUACCUGUAGUUGUGAUUGGUUGUCUGUCAAGUGAGAGACACUUUUGCAGAAUUUCUAGCUCUGGCUAGCUUGGUACUAUUUAGUUUAGACUUCAUAUUUCUGGCAGUCUCAUGGCUCAUCCUCCCUAGUGUGACGGCAGGAUACACCAUGGCCCACUUACUUCUUCAUUGACUGUCUAUUAUAAAAUUUGAAGUUAAUCUCUCCUUUUGUGUGUAUGUUUGUUGGAGUCUUAUAUAUCCUAGACUGUCCUUGAACUCAGGAUACUUCGUCUUAGCCUGCUGAGGAAUGACUAGGCAGAGUGAAUAUGUUUUUACUCUGUUACCUUGUUUGAGAACAGCCAGGGCUACAAGAGUGAAAUCCUGCCUCAAAAAGAGAAAGAAUUCAUUCUUCAACCAGCUAUAGUCAUGUAAAAUGUAGUUGGAAUUUUGGGUCUGAUGGUACUUUGAUGUUUUGAUAUUGAUGUUUAGAUUAUUCAUUAAACAUUGUUUAUUCGUCUGUCUGUCUAUCUAUCUAUCUAUCUAUCUAUCUAUCUAUCUAUCUAUCUAUCUAUCUAUCUAUUUUGAGACAGGGUUUCUCUAUGUAGCCCUAGCUGUCCUGGAACUCACUUUGUAGACCAGGCUGACCUCUAUCUCACAGAGACCCACCUGCUUAUAACCCCUGUUGUAAAUAGAAGGGUUAAAAAAAAUAGAUUCAAGUUUUACUUGCCUUUGUAUGUCUUUUCUUAGUGUUUCUUUUUUCCCCGGAAUUCUUUCCCAUUGAUAACAUUGGAAAAUAAAUGUAACUACUGCAUGCAAGAUUUUGUUCGCAUGUUUUUUUUUUGGUGUACAGGUAAAAAUAGAGUACCCACCCUUUGAGUUGGACACUGGGUUUUAUUACACGGUGAUUGAUUAUACAAAGUUUUAUAUAUUUUCCCUCAACACACUGAAUUAUGGGAUAAAUAUUUUUUGUGUGGGUUUUAGAAAACAUCUCAACUCAAUUGUGAACCUUCUAAUUAAAGCAUCUCUCUCUCUCUCUCUCUGUGUGUGUGUGUCUGCCUCUCUCUCUCUCUCUCUCUCUCUGUGUGUGUG